GGCGCACGUCCGUACGUGCGGGGAGGCGCUAUAAAGGGUUGUUUUCCACUUUGCAAGCUAAACAAUCUCCAUUUUGUGAGAGCCUUUCAGCCGACUAAAGCGUCGUCCCCGUGAAAAGGAAGAUUCAAAGAACAACUAAAAACACAAAUUAAGCCAACCAGUCGAUCGCUAACCAGUUAUUAUCCGAAAGGAAAGGAAAUCUUAUCGUAUGUCCGCUAUCCAGAACCUCCAAACUUUCGGUAAGACAUUUCAACCAUCUCAACUACCGCGGGGUCGAAAAAGUGGGGGAAGGGUGGUUGCUAACGUUAGCUAGCAUUUGCAAACAUUUUGACGACGUUCCAACUAAAUAUAACGUUUUGAUUUUAAUAUGUUCAUGAAACAUUGUUAGUUAUAUCGAUCAUUCCCUUCCUAAUGGGAAAUAAGUUUAUAUUAAGGUUAACGUUAACCAACAUCCAUCAGACUUCAACUAGGCCGAAGUUAAUUUCCUUGUUUAGGCCCCAACAUUGAUUUGUAGCCGGUAUAGCAAACUAGUCUGUAUUGUGGACACAUUGAUCAAUGUACAAUACCUAUUCCGGAGAAUAACUAGUUCUUACUGUCAUUUGUGUGUUUCUGGCACGAUAACUAUCAACAACGGACCAAAUAUAAAUGUAGCUUUUUGCCCCAAUUUGUUUGCAAUACGACUGUCGGGAAGGUCUUUGGUGUGAAACGGGAACUAUUUGAAGGUAAAUGGCCAGAUCCCAUAAUAUAGGCCCGCUUAAUUGUGUGCUUCUCCAACAUUCAUGACUUCCGAAAUUUCGGCAUGUUUUGCUGGAAUGGUUGGCUAUCUGUAUUGGUGCAUUUUCCUUUCUCCCAUGUGUCACUAAUCUCAAUAUUACGGAUAAAUUAAGGUCUGCGCAUAUUAGCCACCCAUCUUGGUGGGACAUUUUUCAAAAACCCCAUUGUCCAUGUAAAUUGCUGACCAGCAUCUGCGCUGGGUUUUGCUUCGCCCUGAGCCUCGUGGAUAAGACGUUACGUCACCAGUUCAUCGGCCUGGAUCUUUUGUUAGCUAGGUCAAACAAAACACUGCCAUUUUAGCUAUCACUUUAGGUUGCUUGCGUAUAUUUUUAGAUGAGAUGUUAGUUUUGAAUUAUGUUAAGUAAAGUGAUUUUGUUUUUAAAUGGUAUUGUUCUUCCCACAGACCCAUUUGCUGAUGCAACUAAGGGUAAUGACAGGCUCCCAUCUGGGACUGACGACUACAUCCACAUAAGAAUCCAGCAGCGUAACGGCAGGAAGACUCUGACCACGGUCCAGGGCAUAGCCAUCGACUAUGAUAAGAAGAAGCUAGUCAAGGCCUUUAAGAAGGUAUGUUAUGGCAGGGAGUUGAGACACUGACACUAGCUGGUAUACUCAGAAAGGUCCAUGUUUUGUUCUACAGGCCUUUUGACUAGUUCUGCUUUGUCAACAGAAAUUUGCCUGCAAUGGGACAGUGAUUGAGCACCCAGAGUAUGGUGAAGUGAUUCAGCUGCAAGGUGACCAGCGCAAGAAUAUCUGCACUUUUCUGAUUGAGGUAUGUUUGAGUCUUGUCCCUGCUAUAGCACAUUGCACCCAGUAUAUACUCCACACUUGUGUGUACUAAGUGGGCAUCUGCCAUGGCCCCUACAGAAGGCUCCCAUACAAAAGCCCCUCUUUGUAAACAGUCCAGCUGCGAUGGUAGUAAAUGUUCUGUGACUGGAGUGCAGAGUUCCUUUUGUGUAAUGUCUCUUCUCCUUCCCACUUCCAGAUUGGCCUGGCAAAAGAGGAGCAGCUCAAGGUCCACGGGUUCUAGAAGCUCUCAGCAGCCCCCUCUCCCCUGGUCCUGAUACUCUCCCCACCCCCCCCCCCCGGUGCUGCAAUCACCGCAGCUGUUUUAAGCUAAUGAUGAAUACUUCUGAAUUGACUCUUAACUACCAGUUUAACUCCCCCCUCAUACGGGAGCAGUCCAGUACAAACAUGGACAAAUGGUUCGACAGAUGCGGGAUGAGUGGUUUUGUUUUUUCCUGAAAUUUUUUGUUUGCCAUGUGACAGGCACAAUUCCAUGUAACUCUUUUUGUUUUGUACAAACUUCAAUAAAAUGAUCAACCGCCACCUCAUGCGGAAUCCUGUUGUGUGGGAUUUUGGGGGGGGGGGGGGGGGGGUUAGAGUGGAUAAGGGUGGUUCAGUUUGGGGAGAAGCCCUCAACUGCAGUUCCAAUGUGUUGUAGGGCUGCCUGCUUCAUUCAAGGUUAGAGUGCAGCUGAAGUUCUAACCAUCUCAGCCCCAUCUCCCGUCUACAAGAUUGUGCUUCUUUAAAAAAAAAAAGUAAAUUAUAAUAUGCUGAAUUUUCUGAAGCUGUUAUACUUAAGAUUUUAUUUUAACUAGAAUUUUAAAGUACUCAUCUGCCUGGUUGUCAGAUGACUGGUGUUAUGAAGCAAGUUUGCUUACAGCAAUGGUAGUAUUGAUGCUGAGCUACCGACCUGAAAAUGGAGUGGGGAAAUAACUGUUUUUAAAUUCCACAUUUUAUUCAAUAAAUAUUUGAAAUU